AAUAUUGCUGCCCGCGGAUGGAACAGUAUCAUUCAGGUGCUAAGCUCAUCGACAGUAACACAUCUUACCAGAACCAAAACCUCCAGUUUACGGGCAUAAUGGCAUUCAAGUUCGUCGUUUUCCUGGCGUCGCUGGCCGUCGCUAGCGCUGGAUACCUGGAGGCUGACCAUGCCGUCCAGUACGCCGCCCCGGUCGCUCACUACUCGCCGGCUUCGGCCGUCAGCUACAGCACCAUCUCGCAGGCUGCCCCGGCCAAGCUGGCCUACGCCGCCCCGGUCGCCAAGACCGUGUCGUACGCUGCCCCGCAGGUGUACGCCGCCCCGCAGGUCUAUGCCGCCGCUCCAGUGACGAAGACGUACGUCUCCAGCCCGGCCGUCGGUGCCACCCAUGAGAGCACCAUCCGCUCGCACGACAGCACCAUCUCCCACUACUCCAAGGCCGUCGAUACGCCGUACUCGAGCGUGCGCAAGUCGGACACCCGCAUCACCAACGAGCUGCCCAAGUACGCUUAUGCCCAGCCCGUCCUGGCCAAGCAGGUUGCCUAUGCUGCUGCCCCGGCCGUCCACACCACCUAUGCUGCCCCGGCUGCCGUCCACACUAGCUACGCUCAUGCUGCCCCGGCUGUGACCUACGCCCAUGCCGCUCCGGCCUACCAGACCUACGCUCAUGCUGCCCCGGCUGCCGUCCACACCAGCUACACGCACGCUGCCCCGGCCGUUCACGCCACCUAUGCUGCUCCGGCCGUCCAGACCUAUGCUCAUGCUGCUCCGGCUGUCCACACCACCUAUGCUGCCCCGGCCGUCCACACCAGCUACGCUCAUGCUGCCCCGGCCGUCCAUGCCACCUAUGCUGCCCCGGCUGCCGUCCAGACCUACGCUCAUGCUGCCCCGGCCGUGCACACCUCCACCAAGACGCUGACCUACUCGCCGGCCGUCCAGGUUGCGCACACCACCUACGAGGACGCCCAUGCCCAUUAUGCCUGUCUGUCCAAAAAAACGUGCGUCCACGCGUUACGCACGCCGCGAUGUGUGAUCGAGCUCCUGGAAGCGAUCGAAUCGCCCUACUCUACCCGAUCACUCAGCGUCUUCAGCAGCAACAGCAGCAGCAGCAGCAAGACACACUUCUUCGAGUAUCCCGCCCAACAACCAACAACAAACCGCUUCAGCAAAAUGGCAUUCAAGUUCGUCGUUUUCCUGGCAUCGUUGGCCGUCGCUAGCGCCGGAUACCUGGAGGCUGGCCAUGCCGUCCAGUACGCCGCCCCGGUGGCGCACUACUCGCCGGCAUCGUCGGUGAGCUACAGCACCAUCUCGCAGGCUGCCCCGGCCAAGCUGGCCUACGCCGCCCCGGUCGCCAAGACCAUCUCGUACGCCGCGCCGCAGGUGUACGCCGCGCCUCAGGUGUACGCUGCUGCCCCAGUCGCCAAGACCAUCGUCUCCAGCCCGGCCGUCGGUGCCACCCAUGAGAGCACGAUCCGCUCGCACGACGGAACCAUCUCCCACUACUCCAAGGCCGUCGAUACCGCGUUCUCGAGCGUCCGCAAGUCGGACACCCGCAUCACCAACGAGCUGCCCAAGUACGCCUAUGCCCAGCCCGUCCUCGCCAAGCAGGUUGCCUAUGCUACUGCCCCGGCCGUCCACACCACCUACACCCAUGCCGCUCCGGCUGCCGUCCACACGACCUAUGCCGCCCCGGCCGUCCACACUAGCUACGCCCACGCUGCCCCGGCCGCCGUCCACACCACCUAUGCUGCCCCGGCUGCCGUCCAGACCUAUGCUGCCCAUGCUGCCCCGGUUGUCGCUACCGCCACCAAGACGCUGACCUACUCGCCGGCCGUCCAGGUUGCGCACACCACCUACGAGGAUGCGCACGCUCACUACGCCUGGUAAGAUGGGCAUGACGUGUGGCGUGAGACACUUGGUCUUUUAUUGUUUUGCGAAGCUGAUACAAUGAUCCCCCAUCGACCCACUUCCUCCGCAA